UGUUUUUGGAGCCAGCCUCUGAGUCGUUUACACUUUUUGGGCGUGAUAGGUUUUAAUUUGAACGUGGCUCCCAUCGAAAUGGUCUCAAAUUAAGAUAAAUMAAUACAACUAUCUAUAAUAUGGUCUGUUGCUACGUUAGCUCGCUAAUUAAGCAACKAUUUAAUCACGACACAARAGCUAAUUAGCUAYCGAAUUUAGCUAGCUUUUACCAAAGCUGCUACGUAGCUAGCGCAACAACACUGCUAAAACUUGGAGACGUUAGCUAGCUACCCAAUCUAGUUUGAUGGAGUGCCCUCAUUUAAACUCCAAUGUUUGCAUUGCCAUAGAUUCCUCAAGCUUCCCCCAUGGUUCCCCAUCUUCCUGGUGUUGCAGCGUUUGCAGGUCAAACAAAAGUCCCUGGGUAUGUCUCACCUGUCUCAAUGUGCAUUGUGGGAGGUAUGUGAAUGCUCAUGCUAAGCAGCACUAUGAGGACGGUCAGGUGACGGGAGGUGGUGGGCAGAAGAGAUGUGAGGAGCCGGAGAAGAAUGCUCAGCACCUGGUCUGUAUGGACUGUAGCAGCUACAGUCUCUUCUGUUACAGGUGUGAUGACUUUGUAGUGAACGACACCAAGCUAGGACAUGUGCAGAAGGUGAGAGAGCAUCUACGGAGUCUGGAGAACUCUCCGCUGGCUGUUGACAGACGGACCAAGAGGAAACUUCUAGAAAGCAACUCUCCUACCAGUAAACUGUUGAAGGACAAUGGUGGGGCCUCCGCUCUCUUGCCAUGGGAUUACUGUGCUGAUCAGGGCCAGCCUCUGGCUCAUCUUAUCAUGGCCAGCCUUGUGUUAAAAAACUGUUUCUAUUCCAGCAACAUCCAGCAGUUCAGCUGUUAUUUCAUGGAGCUGCCAGCGGUGGCGCUGCGGAGCGGGAAGACUGCAGGGCGACGGAUGUACCACACCCGCAGCCAGGGGGACACCAGUGUGUCCUUGGUGGAGGAGUUGAGGAAGACCCUGUGUUAUCUGUGGCAGGGUGGCCCAACAGCCUUCAGCCCCGACUCUUUGUUCUACGUUGUCUGGAAAAUCAUGCCCAGCUUCAG